CUAUAGCACAAGGAGCAAAGUAGCAGAAAGAAUACACCAUCAUGUUAUCUAGAGUUUCAAUAAAGUCAAUUCCAGCCACCGGGGUCCGUUGUUUGUCCAGCACAGCUUUUUUGAGACAAAAGGCAGUUGCCGAAGCUGAAGAAUUUGUCACUGGAAAGGAAAUAGUAUCGGGAGCACCAAAGGAACUUGUGACCAACAGAGUAGUCAGAAUCUACCAAGAAGCUAAAUACGCCACACAAUCCGGUGUCCACAACACCAGAAACUGGAAAUUGGACUGGGAUGUCUUGGGUAAAGGAAACAGAUGGGAAAACGACUUGAUGGGUUACCAAGGUUCUGCUGAUUACAUGCAAGGUACCAUUAUGAAGUUCGACACCAAGGAAGCUGCCGUCAGAUUUGCCGAAGGACAAAACUGGGAUUACUACAUCCAAGAACCAAAAGAAAGACAUUUCAGAAAGAAGGAAUACGCAGCUAAUUUUUACCAUUCUGCUGGUCCAUUAAAGCACAUCAGAACCAAGUAAAUGGAACUUCACAGUAUUGUAUUUUAAUAAAACAUCUCGGCUCAUUAACUCCCCUAUUUAUUUCGUUUCAAGAUGUUGUUAUGUUGCCUGUCCCAUGCCCUAGGGUAACAGCUGCUGCUACUACUACCACAUCUAUCACUUUUGUGUGUUGCAUUUUGAAUAUUGGUAAUCGCCACAUAUCAUAAAUUUAUACGCAUACUUCCAAUACACAUAAUUUCAUUAGUUGUACAG